AUUAUUAUAUUAAAAUGGCAAAAACUAAUCCAAAUGACAAAAAUCUUACCACAUUGGAUAUAAAAGGCAUGGAAGAGAAUGAAAAUGACACAGACAAUGACUUGAAUGCAUUCAUUGAAGAUUUGGAUGAGGAAACAUUAGCAGGAAUCAGUUACAACAUAAUUGGAGAUUUUUCUGUUGAGCUCACUCCAGGAGGUGACCAAGUUUCACAAAACAAGCGCUUUGCUGAGGUCUGUUAUGACGAUAUUGAUAAAUUUCUGACAACUAAUGAGAACAAAAACACUUCUAAAAAAACUAAAUGUGAUAUUAACACAUUCAAAGAAUUCUUACAGGCAAAGGGAGAGUUCAGGGUCCCUGAAAUAAUACCCCCCUUUGAGUUAAAUUUGCACAUAGCGUCAUUCCUUCUCUCAGUCAAGAAAAAGGAUGGCACAGAAUAUGAGCCAACCUCUUUGCGGGCCUACAUGUCCAGUAUCAAUAGAUACUUGCAGCAAAAGGAGUAUGGGUACUCAAUCAUCAAUGACCUGCAGUUCAGCAAGGCACGUGAUGUGUUGAAAACAAAACAGAAACAACUGAAGUCACUCGGAAAGGGGAAUAAACCCAUGGCUGCUGACGAACUCACAGAAAAUGAAUUUAAAAUAUUUUAUGAAAAGAAGAUAUUAGGUCCCUACACACCUACCUCUCUUACAAAUUCUAUGUUUACAAUUUGCACCAAUCAUUUUGGAAUGAGGCCCGGCAGAGAAGUUCAUGAUUUGACUUGGGGAGAUAUUGAACUGAAAUAUGAUGAGGGGGAAAAUUUAGAAUAUAUUGUUUUCAAUCAGGAGAGACAAACAAAAACAAGAACAGGCGCUAAUCCCAGAGAUGUAAGGAAAUUAAAACCACGAGCUUAUGCCACACCAGCUGAACCCGAAAAAGACCCAGUUUCUCUUUACAAAAAAUUCAGUGACAUGCGGCCUGAAGAAACCAAACAGGAGAACUCACCGUUUUUUUUAGCAGUAAAUGCUCGUGCUGACUUAGGUAAAAUUUUGGAAUUAACUAUAUAAAAUUUAUAUUAACUUUGUUGUAAAUAUAAUUAACAUUUUAAAUGAAGGAAAACAAAAUCAUUAUUGUAAAAUAAUUCAUAUUAAAGGAGAUCAUACAAGUUACUGGUAUAAGAAAAAUGCCAUGGGUAUCAAUAAACUGUAUGGGUUGGUCAAGGAAAUGAAGUCCUCUGCUGGGAUCGACAGUGACAAGCGAUUUACUAAUCAUAGUAUGAGGAAACAUCUUGUACAAAGGCUAUCUGAUGCCGGAGUUCCAGCCAACCAGAUUACACAAAUAUCGGGACACAAAAAUGUCAACAGCAUUAACAACUACAGCAAAAUAAAC